AUGGCAACUACUAUACCAGAAUCGUCAACAAAUAACGAUAAGGGUCUAAAUUUGAAAAGUGCGCUUCUUUUUAAUGAAUUCAUUAAUAGCAGUGAGUUUGGGUACAAAAAUAUAGACGAUGAUGAUAUUCUUGGUGAUGAAACUACGAGUUACAUGUCUGGAAGUUAUGAUGGAAGCAAUAAUCGUGAUUUCGAUAAUAUUGAUACAUUUACCUUGGAUAAGAUGAGCUUCGAAAGAGCCAGAAUUUUUGCUGAAAACGAAGAAAUUUGUUAUGAUACCUUUUGGGAAAAUGAUGAAUUUGAA